UAUUGUUUUUCAUAAAAAAAAAAAUACAAGAAAAAAAUUAAAUACACGUUUUAAAUUCUCUAUGUAUAAAACUUCAUGAGCACUGGCAUUGUUUUGGCGCUGUGGAUGACAGUGCUUUUAUUGUUGUAUAAAUCAGUUAAAUCAGAUUUUGAAAAUGACUUUCUACACGAGCAUAAUAAAUACCGGGCUGAACACGGCUGUCCCAGCCUCCUGCUAGAUACCACAUUAAGCGAGGAGUGUAAAAAGUAUGCUGAACUGCUUGUCGAAAAAGAUAGCCUAGAUCACUCAAAUGGUGACUAUGGUGAAAAUCUCUGUUAUACGACAAAAAUCCACUGACAUGUGUGAAAA